GGUGUGGCGCCCGAGGCACGGGGCGGUGAUGAGGCGGGCUGCGGGCGGGAGCCGGAGCCGGAGCCGGGCGCAGAACCCUGGAGUCCUGGCUCCUAUUGCGCGGAGUAGAGCCGCCCCCCGAGCUGCCUGGAGCCAGCCCGACCCCAAAGGUCAGACCGGGGAACCUGCCGCCUCCGGCCCCUGCGAGCUGCUGCUGGGCCCCGCGCCCGCUCGCUGAUCGGAGCGUGGCGGGCUAGCGGGUGCCCUGGCGAUGCAGGGCGGCUUCGCUCCAAGCCCGCGCCGCGACCCGGCCGCGCGGUCCAGCCCUUGGGAUGGGCCCUUGCGCUGGCCCCUAAUGCGCUUAGCCGCGGGGCAGAACUAAGCGGCUUAUCUCCGACGCGGGGGGGGGGGGGUGACUGGCUCCUUUGCAGCGUGAACAUUCAUACGGUGGAGAAAGGCACUGCUGUUGCCUGUAUCUGUUUGAGUGAGCAAGUGACAGCAUUGCUGUAACACAAAGCCAAAAUGAGUGACAAGAAAGACACUAAUGACUUAAGAGAGGCUGGUGAUUCAACAGAAAGUGCAGAAUAUGAGGAUGAUUUUGAAAAGGAUCUUGAGUGGUUUAUUAAUGAAGAAAAAGAAGAUGACGAUGACCCUGGGGAAACAGAGAAUGAAGAGGAUGUAGAGGCAAAUAUUGACGAAGACAAUGAGGAAAGAGAAGAAUGUGUAGAGCAGCUUCCUCAGCCUGAUGCAGAUCUGGAGGAGAGUCCACCAAAUGAAGAAAAACCUGUAUCCGUACCCGAAGUUAAACCAUUGGAUCAUACAUCUGAUACUGACAGUGAAAGCUCCAUCCAGGAGUCCAAGCUGGAAAACCAGCAGGAACUGGAUGAGGAAGAUGAUGAAGAAAUAAAGCGCUACAUUUUGGAAAAGAUCGAAGAAGCCAACAAGCUGCUGGAGAACCAAGAACCUCUGGAUGAGAAUAGAGAAAGGAAACUAAAAUUCAAAGAUAAAUUGGUAGAUCUGGAAGUUCCCCCUCUAGAAGAUACGGAAGCUUAUAAAAAUGAUCCUGACAGUGAAGAGGCUGUUUCAAGUAGGCUGUCUCAACUGCAUAUUUCUAAUGAGCCAGGACUGGAAAGCAUGUCUUUUUCACUUAAUGGUGGCAAGGAUGAGGAACACAAGGAUGGCAAGAUCCUAGUAGAGAAAGAUGGGAAGUUUGAACUCUUGAGUUUACGUGAUAUUGAAAGCCAUGGCUUUUUGCCCCCGAUAAGUGUUUCUUUCACUGACAUUGAAGCUCAACCUAUUUCUCCUAAGUUUUCCCAUUCCAUUAUUUUUGGCACUCCCAGUCUAAGAAAGGAAGAGCCUUUAGUGCAGCAAGGGGUAAAUGCUUUCUUUCCCAUUGGAGAAGAGUUUGUCUGUUCCCCUAAGCCUCCACCUAACCCUAAGUAUCGCCCAAACUCAGCUAUCAACAUUGCAAGAAGUGGGGGAAUGGGAAGAACUCCCCGCAGGGUGCAGUCUGCAAAUGUUCCUUUGAGAAGCUCCACCUACGGUCUUUCACCGAAACAAAAAGAGAUGCAAAAACAGAUGCAACAAAGGAAAGAGAAACUAAGGAAAGAGGAAGCAGCACAAAGAAAACAACAGGAAGAAGAAAAGAAGAGAGAGAAUGACAUGGUCUUUAGAGCUUGGUUGCAGAAGAAAAAAGAACAAGUGCAGGAACAGAAGCGAAUUCAGCGUGCAAAGGAACUAGAAGGCUCAAAUAGUAGACAGGAGAACAGAGAUCCAGAGGAAGCUUUCAGGUUAUGGCUUAAAAAAAAGCACCAAGAUCAAAUGAAAGAAAAACAAAUGGAAAUCCUUAAACGCCAGGAAGAGUGCCUGUACUUCCUUCCAAGAACAGAGGAAUGUGACAGAGCCUUUAAACAAUGGCUAAAAAGAAAGAGAGAGGAAAAGCGAGCAGAGGAACUGGCUGCCAAAGAGCGAUCGAGGCAACUUAGGCUAGAAGCCAGAAGAGCAAAACAAAUCCAGAAUAUCCUCUGCACCAUUUCUGAACCUAAAUCCUUCCGCUUCACAGACCAUUACAGCUGAAGGUUUGAUGUGUCUCAAAUAUUAGUGUCAGCUGACAUACCUAUUAUGGCUAGAGCUGCAGUUCUUGACAGCCAGUGCCCUUUUAUGGUGUUUGAAAAUCUUUAAAUAAUGGUUUAAAAAUUUUCUCUUAACUGACAAUGCAUUUACUACUUACCAUUUAUUUAUUUAUUUAGAAUUUGAAAUGACAAACCUGAUUCUGUUGUGUGUAUGACUCAGCAGUGCUCUCAAUCCCACUGAGCCAAAGUGAGAAUAAAUAUCCAUAUAGCUGUG